ACUACAAUGCACAAUAUUGAACUAUAAAAAAAUUUAUUGUAAUAUAUUUCAUUUAACAAAUAGAACUAUAUUUCACAUCGCGCAACAUCAAGUUGUUUCCCAAUCAGACGAAAAUUGUUUAUGUAUCAUUCCGACCCGUGGGAGAGUAAGAUAUGUUUUUGUGAUGUCACGUCAAGUCGAAUAGUUUAGUGUCUGUGUUGUUAUUUUUUUUUAGUGUUUUGUUAUUAUGGAUAUGCUUUGCAUGAAAACAUGGAUUACUUAAAAACAGUAAACAUCAUACAAUUCACAUUUCUCAUAUGGAUUAUAUGUAACGUCUGAAAAAAGCCGAAGAUGGCAAAUCAACAAACUAGGAGGAACGGAGCUAUGAAAAUAAGACUCACAAUUCUUUGUGCAAAAAAUCUUGUAAAAAGAGAUCUGUUUCGUUUACCCGACCCGUUUUGUAAAGUUAGCGUUGAUGGAUCAGGUCAGUGCCAUUCCACAGAUACAUGUAAAAACACACUGGAUCCCAAAUGGAAUCAACAUUAUGAUUUGUACAUAGGAAAUAAUGAUUCCAUUACAAUUAGUAUAUGGAAUCAUAAAAAAAUUCAUAAAAAACAAGGUGCUGGUUUCUUAGGUUGUGUUCGAAUUAUGACCAAUUCCAUUCAGCGAUUGAAAGAUACAGGAUAUCAUCGACUUGAUCUAGUAAAAGGACAUGUAGAUGAUUCUGAACAAGUCAAAGGCCAAAUUGUAAUCAGUCUGCUGUCUCGAGAUGGGCGAGGCUCCGGUAGUGUCAAUGUAGUAAUGGAUAGAUUGGGCAAUCUAGCUUUAUCACCUGACGAACUACCCGAGGGCUGGGAAGAAAGGAGAACAGCUGCAGGGAGAGUAUAUUAUGUUAACCAUUUUACAAGGUCUACACAAUGGGAAAAACCCACUAGAACUGCUUAUGAACCAGUUCAAUCCAACGGCCAUAACAACAAUAAUAACAGUAGUCGACCUACUUGUAGUCAAGUGUCUAGUAAUGCUAUUUCAAAUAAUACCACAACGAACUAUUCUUCUAAUUCAAAUUCUAAUUCCAAUACCAAUCAUAGUAAUGUUAGUAAUUCAGAGAGUACAAACCAUAUUACUAAUGGUGUGAGCAGUAGUGGGCACUCAAGAAGAAGAUCAACUAGGCAUCGGAAUUACUUGUCAAGAAAUCAUCUCCAUCUAGCUGUUGAAUUACCUGAUGGUUAUGAAAUACGGACAACACAACAAGGUCAAGUGUAUUUUUAUCAUGUUGCUACUGGUGUUAGUACGUGGCAUGACCCAAGAGUUCCUAGAGAUUUAGCUGGUAUAAAUGUUGAUGAUUUAGGACCUCUUCCUGAUGGUUGGGAAAUGAGGCGUACUAUGAAUGGACGUUAUUACUAUGUUGACCACAACAAUAGAACUACACAAUUUACUGACCCUCGACUCUCUAGUAACUUGGCUGUGCAAAAUAUGCUCAACACAAGAAGAAGUAAUGGAGUGGAUGAUAAUGCACCCAUUCAAAAUGGCAGAGUACCGCCUGCAAUUCCAGAUUCUGCACCACCUGCUAUCCCAUCUUCUACCCCUAAUCCUAGUGCCAAUAGUCUAAACAAUCAGCCUCCACCACUGCCUCCAUUUCCUUUCCACCCCUCUAUUCCACUCUGCCUCGAUGGUUCAGAUACUCCUGUUUCCAAACAGAGGAGAGAUCUAGUUCAGAAACUUGCUGCCCUGAGACAAGAACUGCAUGCGUUACAACCUCAAUCUGGUCAUUGCCGCCUAGAAGUUUCUAGAGAAGACAUAUUUGAAGAAUCUUACCGGCUAAUAAUGAAAAUGAGGCCUAAAGAUUUAAGAAAACGACUAAUGGUUAAAUUCAAAAAUGAAGAAGGUCUUGAUUAUGGUGGUGUGGCUAGGGAAUGGCUUUAUUUAUUAUCUCAUGAAAUGCUCAAUCCUUACUAUGGUCUAUUCCAAUAUACUAGAGAUGAUAUUUAUACACUGCAAAUCAAUCAUGAUUCUUCAGUUAAUCCUGAACAUCUGUCUUAUUUUCAUUUUGUUGGGAGAAUCAUUGGUCUUGCAGUAUUUCAUGGUCAUUACAUAGAUGGUGGAUUCACGUUGCCAUUUUACAAGAUGCUUCUCAACAAACCCAUUACAUUGGACGAUAUUGAAGCAGUGGACCCAGAACUACAAAGAAGUCUCCAUUGGAUGUUAGACAACAACAUUACUACUGUGAUUGAUACUACAUUUUCAGUUGAACAGGAUUCUUUUGGUGAAAUAAAAGUUCAUGAAUUGAAACCAAAUGGAAAAGAGAUUCUUGUGACUGAAGAUAAUAAGAAAGAAUAUGUCAGGUUAUAUGUAAACUAUCGUUUCAUGCGAGGUAUAGAGCAACAAUUCUUAUCACUCAUGAAAGGCUUCAAUGAGUUGAUACCCCAACACUUCUUGAAAUCAUUUGAUGAGAAAGAGCUUGAGCUUGUUAUUGGUGGAUUAGGAAAAAUUGAUUUAGAGGAUUGGAAAAUAAAUACUCGCCUGAAACACUGUAACCCUGACACAAAUAUUGUAAAAUGGUUUUGGAAAGCUGUUGACAGUUAUAGUGAAGAGCAAAGAGCAAGACUUCUUCAAUUUGUUACAGGAAGCUCCCGUGUGCCACUACAAGGAUUCAAAGCCUUACAAGGUUCUACUGGUGCUGCUGGACCAAGGCUAUUUACUAUUCAUCUAAUAGAAGCUAGUUCAGAUAACCUCCCUAAAGCUCAUACUUGUUUUAACCGCAUCGAUAUUCCUCCAUACGAAUCCUAUGAAAAAUUAUAUGAAAAAUUAACUCAAGCUAUAGAAGAAACAUGUGGAUUUGCUGUUGAGUGAACUCAAUUGUGUGAAAAUUAGGAAUUCAAAUCAUUUCAUCUUCCAAGAAUGAGCCUUAUAUAUUUAUUUAAAAAAUUUUGAGAACUUUGCAUUUCACAGAAGGGUGUAAAAAAGAAAAUGAUGAAUUGUUUUCGUUCAAGAAUUUUAACCAAGGAACUUGAAGAUGCAUCUUGAAGACUCCUUUUUCUCAAAGUCA